GCGCCGGCUGCGCCGUUAUCUUAUCGCGGCAGCCGCUGUGGCGCGCUGCUGCCGCAAGUCCGGUCCGAGCCACAGCACAGGGCGCCACACUGGAAGCAGGACGAGGCAACAGAAGGAGAGACACGGGAUGGGGUGGCAACUGCACAGAUGACGAGCAGUGUCGUGCGAUUCGAGCGGUCAGACAGUCUUGGAAACAGCGGCUGAUGUGCAGACGCCGACGGUGGAUGGUGGAGUGGCCUGCUUGUGCUACUGCUGGGGUUUUAUAAAAAGCGGGUGCGGUCUCCCCUGGGUCUUGCGGUAGGCCGGAUCGGUGUGCUUGCCUGUGCUUGCCUGUGUACUUCUCUCUAUAGCAACAGAACCAACCGCAGCAACGAUGACCACGCUAGGCAGCAUCACGUACGACGAAGCAAUCCACUUCCACAACGACAGCGACGCGCAGAAGGACGGCAUCCUCACAGUGUCGGCAGACAACCUGGAGCGUCUGGACCACCCCGAGUGGGCGCCUACGUGGGACGUGAAGGACGACCACGCGUUUGAAAACCCCAAGCCGUUCCGCCACACGGACCGGGCGCUCUUCGCCGACCCAACGUUCCAGUCGCUCACGGGCGACAAGAACGUGUCGGUGAGAAAGGUGACGCCCAAGCUGGGGCUCGAGGUGGACGGGAUCCAGCUCAGCAAGCUGUCGGACAAGCAGAAGGACGACCUUGCGCUCUUGGUGGAGCAGCGCGGCGUGAUUGCGUUCCGAAACCAGGACCUCAAGUUCGAGAGCUUCGACACGCUCAAGAAGUGGGGGGAGUACUUCGGCCCGCUUCACGUGCAUCCGACGUCGGGCGCUCCGCUCCACCAGCCGGAGUUCCACCUCGUGUUCAGAAGGGGCUCUGCCGAGGAGCAGGCCAAGGUGUUCGCCAACAAGCUCCACAACAUCGCGUGGCACUCGGACGUGACGUACGAGAACCAGCCUCCGGGAAUCACGCUCUUCGCCAUGUUGCAGAGCGGCAACUCCGGCGGCGACACGCAGUUCCUCGACAUGUUCGAGGCCUACGACAGACUCUCGCCCUUCAUGAAGCAGAAGUUGGAGGGCUUGAAGGUGUUGCACACCUCGAAGGACCAGGCCUACUACGCCAAGCUCACGGGCGGCAUCGAGAGAAAGGACCCCGUGGACUCGAUCCACCCCUUGGUCAGAUACCACCCGGUGCUCAAGAGAAAGGGCUUGUUCAUCAACAAGAGCUUCUCCAGAAGAAUCCUCGGUCUCAAGGUGGAGGAGAGCGACAACUUGCUGCUGUUCCUCCUCAACCACAUCGAGUCCUGUCUUGACGCCCACGUGAGGAUGAACUGGGACGCCGACACCGUGGUCAUCUGGGACAACAGACGUGUUCUCCACACCGCCACCAACGACUGGGACACGGACGAGAUCAGACACGCCUUCAGAAUCACCUCCCUUGCCGAGAGACCCGUCGAGUCCGAGCAGGAGUACGAGAACUGGACCCCGGAGGCCGAGGAGAAGAACAUCGCCCUCACCGACUACUUUGUCGGCUUGACGCCCGCGGAGUACUACGACAAGGUCAUCUCCGCCCCAAAAUGAUCCAACGAAUGAAUAAACGCUC